AUGGCAGACCCCACCUCGCUUCCUUUCAGAGCCGCCCACUCCUUGGGCUUCAUGAUCCUGGGUGCUUCUUUGUUUGACGUCUUGACCAAGUUAAAGACCGACACGCGCACCUUUCCCAAGAUCGACCUCACCUUCUCCCCCGAAACUCCCCUCAAGACGACCAUCAUCGUCAGCCUCCCGAAGAAUGGCUUCAGACUCCGCUUCGACGCCCCAGACCAACGUUUGCGUUUGAUCGAAAUCACGGACUUUACUCGCAUGCUCUUCACAUUCAAGGGCGGGGAGCUUGUUCCUGCGCAGUCUCUAGCGACUGGCCAAAGCUAUCUGACCUAUAAGAAGGUCUACCAGCUGUUCGGUCCUACAUAUCCUGGCGAGUUUAUUCCUCUGAAACAUGGUUCCAAUCAGGGGCUCUAUAUUCUCUCAUGGCCUGGCUUGUCUGUCACCUUUCCUGUACCAGUAGCGUCCUUCACCCCGGACAAGGACCACGCAGCUAUGCUUACCGCCUCAGCAUCGCCAGCAACAGCCUUGGCAAUCUACGAGGGCAGAUUCUGGCCUGAAGUUCGCAACCACCUGUUUGCUUAUGUUCCUGCUAAUCCUCGUAGCUCCUCGCUUCUGGGACGUCCAAAAGAGGGUUCUGCCGAUGAAGUCGAACAUGUGAGCAUAUAUGGAGCCGGAAGAGUCGAGCUUUUGCGUCGUUCCGGCUCAAAGACUCCCAUAAUUCUGAGUCAAACCACUCCACAAGAUUUGAUUACUGAACUGGGUCCACCCGAUGCCGUGAUGCCACGCUCCCGCCACAACGAUGACCCUCCAGGAAAGACAGGCCGCAACCUUGCAUACACCUUCGACUCGGGUCAGCCUGCGCCAGCAUCCCACGGAUCGUACAGUUCAAACCCUUCCAGCUAUUCGUCUACCAACACCGACACGUACGAGACUGAUUUUGACGAAGAUGAAGAGACGAAUGGCGCAGAAGCUAGCCAAGCCAACGAGCAACAGUACUAUUGUUAUUUCGAGCAUGGGUUCGACAUUCUGCUCGGUCCGCCAACAGAUAUUUCUUUACUACCCAAAGGUGUAGACGACACCAGCGGGGCUCCUCGAUCGACACUGACGCCGGUCAACGGACAUCUCACCGUCACGCAGAUAAUAUUCCAUGGUAAUAUUCCAGGGUCUUACUCCUUCAACCGCCAUCGCAGGAGUAGAUGGUCUCUCAAUUACAUACCCUCCUGCGACACACCCAUCACCUCCGAGUCGCCGUUCUCGUCCUUCCACCAAACACUAGUGAAGAGCUUCUCGCAUAUAUGGCCUGCCCAAGACAUGUCAGAAGGUAUGGUCAUUGUACGCAGCUGGGGCGGCGACGCGGACAGCAUGACAGGUUCUGCCAUUCUGAUCAAUGGUGAGAUGGAUAUGGAAGAUGAUGCGGAGUUCAUCAAUGGUAGCGAUGGAUGGGAGCGUGAGAAGAAAGACGAGAAGGGGGACGAGCAAUGGCUGCGAAACACCAAGCUGUACAAGUUCCCCGGCCUCAUGUUCGAGGUCAUGCAUAACGGUGCUGUCAGCGCGUUGACGGUUUGCUAG